AUGAACACGGACUACUUCGACCUGCACGAAGGCCUGACCACCACCCAGCGAGCCCAGCAAAAGUCCGCGGCCCUGGUGCAGCCGCUCGGCGACGCCCUCGCCUGCCCCUACUGCCCAUGCGAGCUGUUCGACCACGAUGACCAGCUGCUGCACCAUGUCCGCACGAGCCACGCCGCCCAAAUCCAGGGCUCUGGCGUGAGGGAAGGCACGCCCCUGUUCCGGAAACUGCUGCGCGACGAGGCUCUUCACAAAGCAAAGCAGAUUGCCACCGCCCAGCACCAGCGCCGCGUCGAGGACCAGCGCCGCCAGAAGCAGGCCCGCCGCCACGAUGCUGCUGCACGCGCCCAGACGCCGGACCUGAACCGGCUCACCCUUCAGAGUAAGCUCCCCCCGGCCUGCGCCGGGUUCCUCGGUGCCGCCCGGCCGCCGCCGCGGAAGCGUGCUGGAUCUGACUUUCCUGCGUCAGAAUCGCCUAGCCGCUCCCCAGUCCGCCAGGAUGCAAAGUCCCGGAAGGCCCGCGCCAUGGACCCCGCAGUGGAGCCCCAGAUUGCCGACGUGGAGAUGGCCGAGGAGUAUGCAAGACAGCUGCCGCAUCGCCCGCACUCCGUCACGCCGCAGGGCCCACGUGCUCAGCCCUAUAAUGCCUUGCUCCUCCAUUCCCAGCUGGACCCGCGAGGCAUCCCCCAUCGGGACCAUGGAUCGGUCUCGCCUUCUUCGACAUCGAACCAUGGCUCUCCCGUCCCUCCCACACUGCCAGACCCGUCGGUGGCCUUGUCGUCGACGAACGACCAGUGGCCCGAGCUGGUGCUGCAACCCGACUCCCGCCCCAUCUCUCAGGAGCAGCUCGCCGCUGAAGUAAAGUCCAUCUAUGCCGGCCUCACCAUGGUCGAGUCCAAGUGCAUACAUGUCGACAAGGCUCAAGCAACGGCCGAGAGAGAUCCCGUCUCCGGUCAGCACCCCAGGCUGGCGCCAGACCACUGGCAAGCCCUCAUCGCAUUACAUAGGACUCUGCUUCACGAACAUCACGAUUUCUUUUUGGCGUCGCAGCAUCCCUCGGCGAGUCAGGCCCUGCGCCGUCUCGCGGCUAAGUAUUCCAUGCCGGCCCGCAUGUGGAAGCAUGGCAUCCAUUCCUUUCUGGAGCUUCUUCGUCAUCGUUUACCGGAGUCUUUGGAGUACAUGCUUACCUUCAUAUACCUGGCAUACCAAAUGAUGGCGCUUCUUUAUGAAACAGUACCUGCUUUCGAAGAUACUUGGAUCGAAUGCCUCGGCGAUCUUGGACGGUACCGGAUGGCAAUCGAAGACGAGGACCUCCGGGACCGGGAAACAUGGGCGGGAGUUGCCCGCUUUUGGUACAGCAAAGCCGCAGAUAAGAGCCCUGCCGUGGGCCGUCUCUACCAUCACCUGGCCAUCCUCGCCAGGCCUAAUGCUCUGCAGCAGCUCUACUUUUACUGCCGUUCUCUUACCUGUGUCCAGCCAUUUAUGAGCGCGCGCGAGUCGAUUCUUACACUUUUCGAUCCCAUUCUCGGCCGUUCGUCUGCGUCAUAUUCCCAUUCAAGUUCCGUCGAAACCAGCUUUAUACGUGCCCACGGAUUACUUUUCGAGAAAGAUCAAGCAUUUCAGCAACAUACGUUUGACAAAACCCUCGGCGACUUUAUCGGACAGUUGGACACCAGCAUUGGACGCGUCACCUCGAAAUGGAAGGAGCAAGGAGCGUACAUGGCCAUUGCGAACAUUGCCAGCUUGUUCGAUUACGGGAGCGAGGGCAAUUUCUUGCGCCUCGCUUUUGCGACGCAGCUGCGACACAUUAUACGUGAGCAAUCUGAGAAGAAUGACGACCCGGAUUGGCAGUCUGCCCACGCUGUCCUGCCGCCGACACAGCCCGCGCCUGACGACAUGACAUUUGACCUCCAGACUGCCAACACCUUUCCUAGCGCCUGCCGUCUUACCUUCGAUACAUUACGCAUUGUCCUCCAGCGCUUUGGGGACAAGAACGUUCUGACCCAUUUUCACAUUCUGCUCGCUUUCCUGAAUCAACUUGCAACGCUUCCUUACGAUACCACCUACAUUUUCGAAUACGUUCAAUGGGAGGACUUCGCCUUCUUCCUCAAUACAAUUGCAAGGUCUGAGACCUUUGUUGCGCCAGCAAUUGAAUGCCCUAAUUUCCUUCACGAAGGAGAAGAAGAUUUCCGUCCGUUACCUGAGGACUACCUGAUCCGCGGUCAACUGUGGGCUCACUCGUAUUACCCGGCAACCUGGUUCAACGGAGUGGUGGAUGAGGAGGAGCGGAUGCUGGAGCUGGCGUCGACAAUCAAAUCGCGGACUGAGAGAAUCUUGUGGCUGGGGGUUCGCCUCGCGUCGAAAAACAUUGGUCUGACUUACGACCAAGCUAGUCACAGCUGGAGUGCUCAUCGCUCAGGUAACGCGAUGGAUGUGGAUGAAUGA